AUGAGGAGGCCUCCAUCAAGGCGAGGCCACUCAGAGAUUGAGCAGGGGCGGCCGGACACUGGGGCCAUGGAGGUUGGAGUGGGCUUAGUUUCUGAGUGGAAAAAAGGGGGCGGAUCACCAGGUGCACAGAGCCUGUUUCGAAUUACCAGGUGUACAGUGUCUGUUUCAGCUUACCAGGUGCACGUGGUUUUUGACAGUGGAAAUAUAGACGUCUUAGUGUCCGGGGAGGGGUGCUUAAGUGUGGGUGCCCCGGUUCGCCUGGUGGGCAAGGUUAUGGAGAUGGCUGAGACUCGAAAACUACAGACAAAAUAUCCGUCGACUAUCCAACCUGAAUCUGUCUUUACCUCGGUCCACAGCAACGACCCUGUGACCAGAGCCAUCACUCUCAGGAUGCUUGGCAGUUUGGCCACUUUCAUACCUGAAAGGAAGAAUGCCCAUCAUAGCGUUCACCAAAGUCUAGACUCACACGACAACGUUGAAGUAGAGGCGGACAUCUUUGCAUUGGCCUACUUAUCUGCGCAGUCAAAAGACUUUGCAGCUGGGAUUUGCAACAAAAUCAGUUAAUUGAUUCAAGCUCUGGAUGCCCCGGUGGACCUGAAAAUGAAGCUAAUCCCUAUUCUGCAGCACAUGCACCACAAUGCCAGCCUGACCUCUAGCAGCCUGACCUCUAGCAGCCUGGCCUCUAGCAGCCUGAUCUCUAGCAGCCUGGCCUCUAGCAGCCUGAUCUCUAGCAGCCUGGUCUCUAGCAGCCUGGUCUCUAGCAGCCUGGUCUCUAGCAGCCUAGACUCUAGCAGCGUGGCCUCUAGCAGCGUGGCCUCUAGCAGCCUGGCCUCUAGCAGCCUGGUCUCUAGCAGCCGGGCCUCUAGCAGCCUGGCCUCUAGCAGCCUGGCCUCUAGCAGCCUAGACUCUAGCAGCCUGGCCUUUAGCAGCCUGGCCUUUAGCAGCCUGGCCUCUAGCAGCCUGGCCUCUAGCAGCCUGGUCUCUAGCAGCCUAGACUCUAGCAGCCUGGCCUCUAGCAGCCUGGCCUCUAGCAGCCUGGCCUCUAGCAGCCUGGCCUCUAGCAGCCUGGCCUCUAGCAGCGUGGCCUCUAGCAGCGUGGCCUCUAGCAGCGUGGCCUCUAGCAGCGUGGCCUCUAGCAGCGUGGCCUCUAGCAGCCUGGCCUCUAGCAGCCUGGCCUCUAGCAGCCUGGCCUCCAGCAGCCGGGAGCUGCUUCAGCAGCUGGUCAUCUCCUACCCCUACACACCCAUGGUCAUUGUCACCCUGCACACCUUCACCCAGCUGGCCGCCUCCUCGCUCAUCUACAUCCCAAAAUGGGUAGCUAUAGCAACAGACACUAGAGGGAAACUAAGGGGCGUGGCUGACUUACAGCUGCUUCUCCAGUACAUGAAGGAGAACCCUAGGAAUGCAGUCAAGAGACUGGCCAUCCAGGACUUGAAGCUCCAGGCUAAAAAGGCCACCUAUCUCUUUGGGUUCAAAACUUUCCAAAACAUUCCUUCUUUCUGUUCCUCAGGUGAUGCUUUCACCCCUCCUCGGCUCACUGACCUUGUUAAGCUAGCGCAGGAAUGCUGUUACCACAGCAACCUGGCCUUCUCUGCCCAUGGAGUCACUGUGCCCGCCAACAUCGCCAUUUCCUAUCCAGAGAAAGACAUGAUGCAGCUGGAGCAGGACACAGUGAUGGGGGUGGAGUCUCUGCUGGAGCUCUGCAGUCAGGGCGACAGCCCCAGAGCUCAGGCCACGCUCAAGAUGGCUCUCACCUCAUUAGUCCAGCUGCUGAAGAGUCGCCCCCACCUCAGCCAAUUGGCUGUGGAGUUCCUGCUGUGCCAGCUGCACUCGGCCCGCGACCCUUAACACGUGCUGGGAUAGGGCAUGCUGGGGGAUCUGGUGGACCUCUACCGGGUGGUCAUUCACUCGCUCACCGACAAGCUGCAGCACCUUAUUGUCUCCCUGGCGACUGUGGUGUUUGUGGCUAGCCAGUUGUCCCUGUCGGCGUUGGUGAUCAAGCAGCAGCUGGAGAACAUGGCCAUCGGUUGGAUGGUGAACCUCAUCGCCAGGCAGACCUCGCGCAUGGGUUGCCAUGAGUUCUCCAGCAAGCUGUACCAGAGCCUGCAGACGCAUGUGGCCUCGGAGCAUUUCUACUUCUGGCUCAACGGUCUGAAGGAGUUGUCCCAGGCUGUGCUGUGUCUUAGCGGCCUGGAGGACGGAGACUACAGCGCAGCUAUGGCGGCCAUCGCCGAGGCCCUGCGCUCUUACCAGAAAGGCAUCGCCUCCCUGACGCUUGCCAGCUUGCUUUUCCCCAUCUCCUCGGACCCCAACCGAGCCAAUCCCGGUGCAGAACAACCAACAGCUGCCUCUGAAGUUGGCUCCACCCCCGGAUUGUUCCGCAAGAUUCAGUCUGUCUGCCUCAACGUCAGCUCCGCUCUCCAGACCAAGACUGCAGCUAUCCCAACCCCCUGCCCUAGUAAUGAUUAUUGCAGUUGUUAUAUACAGUAUACACUAAUGGCUACUAUGAUUUCACUGGUCAGCAAGACCAAUGAAAUUGAGCAGCGGGGGGAGCCCCACAACGACUACUUCAGCACCCAGUUCCUGCUCAUCUUUUCCAUCCUGGGCAGCCACACGGUCAACGUGGAGGCCUCAGUGGUGGACGAGAGCUGCAUGGAGUGGAAGACAGCAAACUCACUGUCGGUCAAGUCCCUGGAGGACCUUUACUCCCAGCAGCUCUGCCACCACCAACAGCAGCAGCAGGCACAGCAGGCUAGGUCCAAGCCGGCCCCGGCCCCCCCAGAGGAGUAGUGUACAUGCUCGCUUCCAGUGAUACCCUAGUAAAACUCCUCUAACCCAUUGCCUUGUCCCAAAGGUCUUGGUUUGUUUCCUUCCCUUUCCUUCUCUGAAAUGACUGGACUGAAGAAAUAGAGGCAACGGCUUGGUGAGCAUUCAUCUACUCAUCAUUGCUUUCACUUAUCCAUUUCUUUUAGGUUAGUGGUCACAGAAUGGAGGAAGGGAGACAAAGCUUUGGAAUGUUAUAGUUCAGCCCCCCCAGGAGGUUGCUUGUCUGGCAGAAUUUCAGGUGACUGUUUACUAAUAUUCUAUACAUUUUCCAAUUAUUAAAGACCACAUUUUACUGAA